AUGUCCUCACCCGCGCGUGACCGCUCCGUCACCCUCCAAGACGAGCCCCCGCGCUCUGCAUCUCGCGGCCGCUCACGCACCCCCGCCGACGCUGCCCUCAAUGGAAACACCCACAACUCCCGCCCCACCGCGCGCUCGCGCUCUCGCUCACCUUCGCGCGCCCGCACCCGAAGCAGAAGUCGCAGCGCCGCCUACCGCGCCCGCUCCUACUCGCGCUCCCCAUCCCACUCCCGCUCCCGCUCUCCCUCCAUCCCGCGCAGCGCCAAAAUCGUCAUCGAGAAGCUCACCAAAAACGUCAACGCCAACCACCUGCGCGAAAUCUUCGCCACCUACGGCCCCAUCUCCGACCUCGAAAUGCCCAUGAACAAACCCUUCCUCACCAAUCGCGGCAUCGCGUACAUCCUCUACACCGCGCCGAACUACGCCGAAGCGGCGAUCGCGCACAUGCACGAGGCGCAACUGGAUGGCGCAGAAAUUAGUUCGAUCGCCGAGUCGAAGCCCACCGAGGAGAGGCAGGGGGAGGAGUCCAAGUUACUCGAGUCGCAGUCGGAGUCGGAGUCGGUCGCCGCCGCGAAGGAGGGAGGCGAGUCCGCCGCGCAGAGGAGGGAGGAGGAGCCCGAGCUACGACAGCUACAGCAGUCGGAGUCGCAGCCGGAGCCGGGAUAG